UUGCCCCGGUGUUCCCCCUCCUGCAGGGCAGCCACUCUCCACCCACGUGUGAGGAAGUCCUGUGAGGAGGAAAGAUGCCUCCAGAGGUGAAGUAGCUGGUUGAGAUUCCCAGGGCUUGUUUGUGGAGACGGCAGGUCUGCUCCCUGGAAGGUGACGGUUGCAUUUCUGUCUGGCCACAGGGCCUGCAGGUUUUGGUUUUGGUUUCUAGAUCCAUCUUGGCAUUUCUCACUCCGUGACAUAACGCAGGUGGCUGCCCCUCUGUAGCAUCGUGAGUCCAGAAUCCCCUGUCGUCCGCAUCCAUUUCCUGGUUUGAGGAUAGCCAUCUAGGUCAGGAUGGGGCCUCAGAGCUUGGCUCCUCCCCUUGUGCUCACUGACUGGGGCUUGACCCAGGCAGUUCGCAUUCCCUCUGUCCCUGCUUCUCACUGCCAGAACGGAAGCCACACAAGGGGCAGAAGUUGGGGAGGGGUCCAAGAAGACUUACCCGGCCAGAGGGUACCUUCUGUGGGUGUGUAUUUCAGCUGGUGAACUGGGCAGUGGGGGCCUAGCCCCAGGUUCCCUAACCCUUGCUCCCUUAAGGGACCCCUGUGGUUACCAGCUGCUUGGGUUUGUGGAAGGGGAGUAGGGAGUGAUUGGUGAAUGUUGUGGGCUGACUGGAUGCCAGGCGGGUGGCAGCUAGCUAUGAUUGGUUUUCCCCACCUCAACUCUGGAAACAUUUGUACCAGUUGGUUGCCAUAGGCUUCUUUGUGCUCUUGUGGAUCCAGGAAUCCUGUCCUCAGCACACAGAACGCCAGGGGGUGUGACCAGCAAUGUCUUCAGAUGUUACAGAUUGUCUCCAGGUGGGCAAAACUGCUCUCAGCUGAGCUCCUCCUGAGCUCAGUCCCCCCACCUGACAAAUGUAACGUACUGGCUACAAAGCUGAGCCCUGUUGCAAGUUAUCUUCCAGUCCAAGUCCCCAGCUCAGCCAGGCAGGAUCGCCCAAGCACAAGGCCACCAUUGUGGGCUGGCUGAAUACCCUGCUAAAGAAGCAGAGCUUCCCCAGGUGGAGCUGGCCCAGCUGGUGAUGAAAGGCCUCCAGCAGGGCCGAAAGUCCAGACUCAGGGUGGUUUGGGUUCCUGUGACCAGCUGUAACCAGCUGCAACAGCCUCAGACUAGGAAGAAAUCAGGCUUAGGGGACUAGAAGGCAACACAGGACCUGCCUGAAAGGGUGAAGGUGCAGAGGACCCGGUGCAGAGAGGCCCACCCACGCAGGACCACGCCCACAAUGGUCCCUGAGAUGUCUAUCAAGAUUUCAUUGGUUCUGCAUGAUGUCCUGCCCCUUGGUUCUGUUACCCCUGUGCCCCAGGGAUGUUCCCACUGAAGGUUAUUUAGUGGCAAAGAGCCUGUGGACUGUAGGUCCUAAGGCCUCAAUUGUGGGGCCGUCUGAGCCCACCCUGAGCAGAAACAGCUGGGAGUCACCCUCACUAAUGCAUCUGGGUCUACUGAGUGGCUCUGGCCCAGUUUCUGCUCCUUUUCAUCAGAACCCCUGGUCAGGCUGGUUCUCAGAGAGCACCCAAUCCUCUUCAGUGAGACACAAGGUGGAUCCGGCAUCCAUUUGGGGACUGAGCUCUGGUGUGUUUGUGGGGCCAUGUAGAAGAUGCUGUCCCUGUAUCCCAAAGACUUUCAGGGAUUUAGUGGCCAGGCACCCAGAUAGAGCGCCUGAAGACGGUGUCUUUGGAGUUGCUUUCAUGUUCUCAGUGAGCCUGGGGUGCCUGAAAUAGAAGACACACAGCUUUGGCCUACACGGAGUCUGGGAGGCCUCACACCCCACUCUCAGGAAUGCUAUUGGUGAACGGCCAUGGCUGGUUAUUUCCCUGGACGGCCCUAGAAAGAGAGUCCGAGGCCCCCGCGCUGCCAGUUCCUUAGUGAAUCAAGAGCCAGGAGCUAGCCAGCCUGGGAGGAAGCCUGUCCCGUGGAGACGUGGACUGGGACAGGGAGUCUACAGUCCCCAGAGACAGAGCCUGUGCUCUUGUGCCCCAUGGGCCUCCCAUCAUCAGCACAAACUGAAGCAGCUUUUCUUUUGAAAGUUUCAUAUGUAAGAACCCAAGGCCCAGGGGAGACAAAGGAAGAAAAUGAGGCGCCAGCAGCAGCCAACUGAGAGAAAUGUGUAAAAGAAAACGCGAUUCUUGCCCUCUAGGUUGAUGAAAGAUGUUGUAUUCGUGAAACAAGAACAGGGUGCUAGGAAUGAAGAACAAGGAGGGAGGGCACAAGAGAGCUCCUCAUAGGGGGCACAGAAAUGACAGAAAGUGACGGAAAUACCAGAAGGCUGAAUGGAGUGGUGUCAUCUCCGAAAGGACAAAGAAACGAGAAAGGGGGAAAGAUUUGAAAAUCGAAACCAAGAGGUGGCACCUGUCAUCAUUGAGGCCCCCAGCAGGGCAUCCUGACGAGGUUGAGGACCUCCAAUCACGGAGGUCCCCUCUGCUACCCAGCAUGUCCCAGAGACAUUCUGACAGCUCUCUAGACGAUAAACACCCGGAAUAUCGUUUCCAUGUGGAACUGCAACUCGACGCCAAUGGGAACCCUAUGCCGGUGCUCCCCAUGGUCCGUAGCUCCUUGGGAGCCAAGACCAAUGCUGCCUUUGAGCCAGAGGCCUCGGGACCCCUGCAGGUGCCCCCAGAAGAGGAGGAGCCACGGCCCAUCAUCCUCAGCACUCAGAGCCCGGCCGCACUCAAGAUGGGCACCCAGCAGCUUAUCCCUAAGGGUUUGGCCGUGGCCAGCAAGGCCAAAACCAAGUCCCCAGCCCGCCACCAGAGCUUUGGGGCGGCUGUGCUCAGCAAGGAGGCCGCUCGGCGGGAUCCUCAGCUCCGCUCUGCCCCCAGCUUCUCCUUGGAUGAUAUGGAUAUGGACACGGGCCCUGGUGUGAAUCUGAAGCGAAACAUAAGGAACCAGUCCUACAGAGCCGCCAUGAGGGGCCUUGGGUCACCCAGCAGCAAGGGGGACUCAGUCCAGCUCAGCCCCAAGCUCCAGGCCCUCGCUGAGGAGGCUGCUCAGCCUCCCGCUCGGUUCCCAGCCAAAAAUAAGAAAACUAUGGGACGGAAACGCGCACACAAGGGCUCCUUCAAAGAUGACCCUCAGCUGUACCAGGAGAUCCGAGAGCGGGGUCUAAAUACCAGUCAUGAGUCUGAUGAUGACAUACUCGAUGAGCCCUCCAGCCCGGAGGGAGCUCAGAAAGCAGACACUACCAUUGUGGUCAAGAGCUAUCGGCCUGCCCAGCUCACCUGGAGCCAGCUCCCAGAGGUGUUGGAGUCAGGUGUCCUGGACACACUGUCAGUAGAAGAACGUAAGAGGCAGGAGGCCAUCUUCGAGAUCCUCACAUCUGAGUUCUCCUAUCUGCACAGCCUGAGCAUCCUGGUGGCCGAGUUCCUGCAGUCCCGGGAGCUGAGGGCCACCAUGACACAGACAGAACACCACCACCUCUUCUCCAACAUCGUGGACGUGCUGGCCGCCAGUCAGAAGUUCUUCGAAGCUCUGGAGCAGCGGCACAAGGCCCAGGUGUGUGUGGAGGACAUCAGCGACAUCCUGGAGGACCAUGCCGAGAACCACUUCCACCCUUACAUCGCCUACUGCUCCAACGAGGUCUACCAGCAGCGCACCCUGCAGAAGCUGUCGAGCAGCAAUGCAGCCUUCCGAGAAGCGCUUAGGGAGAUUGAGAAACGGCCCGCAUGCGGGGGCCUGCCCAUGAUCUCCUUCCUGAUUCUCCCCAUGCAGAGGGUGACCCGGCUGCCGCUCCUGACAGAUACACUCUGCCUGAAGACACAGAGCCACCCUGAGAGGUACAAAGCCGCCAGCCGAGCCCUGAAGGCCAUCAGCAAGCUGGUGAAGCAGUGCAAUGAGGGGGCCCACAAAAUGGAGCGCACGGAGCAGAUGUACACACUGCACACGCAGCUGGAUUUUGGUAAGGUCAAGUCCCUGCCACUCAUCUCCGCCUCUCGCUGGCUGCUCAAGCGUGGAGAACUCUUCCACUUGGAGGAAUCCAGUAUCUUUCGGAAAAUCGCCAGCCGGCCCACCUGCUACUUGUUCCUGUUCAACGAUGUCCUGGUUGUCACCAAGAAGAAAAGUGAGGAGAGCUACCUGGUCCAAGACUAUGCACAGCUCGAGCAUGUGCAAGUCAGGAAGCUGGAGGCCUCGGAGCCCUCACUGCCAGCAGGCAGCAGCCGCAGUUCCUCCGUGCCCCACCCCUUCCAGGUGAACCUGCUGCGUAACAGCGAGGGCCGCCAGGAGCAGAUCCUGCUGUCCUCUGACUCCGCGAAUGACCGGGCCCGGUGGAUCACAGCCCUCACCUACAAGGAGAGGCAGUGGCAGGGCGUCACCAACAAAGGAGAGCUGCCCCAGGUGGAGAUCACCAAAGCAUACUUUGCCAAGCAAGCUGAUGAGAUCACGCUGCAGCAGGCUGACGUUGUCCUGGUCCUGCAGGAAGAGGACGGCUGGCUACAUGGUGAGAGGCUGCGGGACGGAGAGACGGGCUGGUUUCCUGAGAGCUUCGCUCGCUGCAUCACCAGCCGCGUGGCGGUGGAAGGCAACGUGCGCAGGAUGGAGCGGCUGCGGGUGGAGACAGAUGUGUAGUCACAGAGUUCAAAGCCAGUCGUGGUGGACACAGCUUCAGUCCUUCAGCCAACAGGUGGGCGGGGUUGGUCCCUUGGGCCUCCCCACAGCCUCACGGUCGCAAGCAGAACACAGGACAUCCAGACAUGACACUUGCUUCCUCGGAAGGCUUUGAGGCAAGCUCCAGGGCCCACAUUCUGGUAGAAGCCCAGCCUGGCCCCUCGAUGGCCAUCCCUUUCCUAGUUUCUGGCCGCCUGAGCUGCACACAGGCUAAGAGUGACAGAGGACUGUGGUCUUCAUUGAGGACAACACAGGGCCACCUCCCAGAUACACCCCCGUCCACUUUCCAAGUGGGACAGGAAGGACCCGUGUUCUGAGAGGACCAGCAGGGAUGUUAUAUAUUGUGAUGGAGGUUUUAAACAGCAUUAAAGUAUUUCUUUAAAACUUGGCUUUACAGCUGAGCCUAGGUCACAGCCCCUUGUUGCAGUGGAGACGGGCCUCAGGUCUCUCCUUAGCUCUGACCCAUCUGUCUACCAGAGUGUCACAAGUCUGUGGCUCCUGCUUGUGCGUUCACGGAUGGUGAUAGCUGAACCUUGCAGGGCUUACCCUCAGACACAGUAGGGACACUCUGGUAUGGUGAUCCCAGUCCCUGCAGAGAUCUCCCUCUUGGGGACCUAUAGGCCCAAAAGGCAGCCUCCGUGCUGACUAGGGCCAGGCUAGGUCUCUCCAACAGCCCCCUCAGCCUGGUCCUGAAGCCUCAUGCUUUUCUUGGCUCGGCUGGUGCUAGAUUGGGGGUAGAAUGCCCAGCAUGCGCUGUAGCAAUGUGCCCCGUUCCACUGUGCUCAGCCUUGCGACAGAGGCGCAACAGGUGAAUCUCCACUAAGGUCAAAGGCACAAAUAGUGAUGCCCUCCCUUCCUAGGCCUGUCUAGACAGGCUAGGGCCGGCUACGCCCUAUGACUUCCAUGUCAGGACCAAGUCUGGGCUCAGCCCAACACCAGUCCUCACCAGGGUGAACACUCACCCACGUUUGUAAGUGGCUGCUUUGGACAGAGGGCCAGGUCAGAGUUCAGGGAGUAGGCAUGGCCUGGGUGGAUUGUCUGAGGUAGGGCCUCGUACCUCCUUCUGCCUGAAAGAGAUAAACGUCUCCAUCUUCCUCACCCUAAUGCUCUGCUUUCCCGGAGCUGCUGGGGAGUGGGGGUUGUGAAGAGGCAGCCAACUGGUGGCCAUGGAGUGGUGAAUACGUGCAGUUGCUGUGUGUGCACUGAUGUGUGCCUGUGGCAGGAAUGCCUUGAUGUAGACCCGCUGCCCCAUGCCUCGGGCUUAUUCCCACUUCUGAUCCUCUGAGGAGCGUGUCAAGGAGAAGCAGGCCGGUUCACCACCAAGCACACUCAGUAGCUAGAACGAGGUGGAACCGGAAGGCUGUGACACUCUGACUCUGGACAUCUGGCACAGGUGACCCCACAGUCCUGACUCAGUUUGCAAGUGAUGGAAGCCAAGGGACAUGGAUACUGCAGUGCCUGGGGGAGGAUGGACAUCAUGCACUGACAGAGGUCAUUUGGUACAGGACCAGGUCAGGAAACCUCCCCCACUGAUAGAAGCCUAGGGUUGUGAGGGUUGGGGGUCCCAAGGACAGAGCCAGCCCUGCUCCCCAACUGCAGAAAGUCCAUCCUUUGUUGGCACAUUUCUGUGCCCCCCUCCAAUAAUGGGGAUCAUGCGGGAUGCCCUGCCCACCCACUCAGCUGGGGAGCCUCAGUCCGUUCCUCCUGCAGAGAGAGACCUUCCUGUCGCAGAUGGGGCAACUGUUGGGGGUCUCUGCCCACUGUUGGGGUCAUGGGCUUGCCGGAGGACAUCAAGGCUUCUAAUACCCUACCCACCUCCAGGGAGGUCUGUGGUCUGGUUGGGGCUAAGUGGGACCAGAUCCUCAGGUGCCUGGUGCCCUGACCCACCUGCAGCAGUGUUGCCAGCCGUGGUUCAAUGCUUCAGCGGCUGUUGAUCUGUGGGGCAUUGGGAGCCCUGGCCCUUCUUCUCAGCCAACCUCUGUGCCUUCCCUGAUAUGAGCAGAGUAGACAGGGCUAGGCCUGGCGGGUGUGCACACUUUGGCUUGAGUCAGAGGUAUCUGAGGCAUAGUGAUGGUUCAAGUGCCGUGGACCAGUUCCAGAGAAAGUCCAGGCCUCUAGCCUCUCCUCCAGGGAGCGUGAGAAAAAUGAGUCCAGCUUCGAUACCAUACCGAUGUGCAUGCAACUUCACCUUCGCCCGGCCUUGGAAUUGCUGUUUCCCUCUGCUCACCAGACUCACUUCCAGUCCUUCCAGAACAUCCCUGACUCUGCCAGGAGCCGGUGGUGGUGGUGGUUUUCCUCUCAGGCCCCCUGGUGGCCGUAAGAGGCACUAACAUGGGGGCUACACUUGGGAGGGACCCCAGCUCUCCAGCUUCUCCUAAGACUCUAGCUUUGCCCCCAAGAAAGCGAAGCCACGGUUAGGACUGCCAUUCUGGUGAGAACGGCCCUCCCAUGUCCUUAGCAGUCAGUGUGUCUGGACCAUCGAUUCCUUGUCCUCAUCCCUGCUUGUUGAAUGACACCAGCCGUCACCCGUCCCUGGACCUCUGACUGAACAGGCUACGGCAAAUCUGACUCAGUUCAGAGGUUGUCCCUUCCAUCACAUCACAACGGGCCCACUGUCUCCUAUUUCCUUUUUUCUGAAUUCUACUUUUUAAGAAAGUAUUUUUAUUUGAUGUGAA